UGGAGUUCACUCUCUCCUUGUCCUUCUCGCUGUAAAGAACCCUAAUCUCUCUCUGGACAGAGGAUAGCAGCUAUGCUCAUCCAUGUCUCGCUUUCUCUCUCUUGGUCUUGGUCUCGGUCUCUUUGUUUCUCUCUGUACAAUUUCUGAAACUGCCUUUUGUUCAGCCUCAUUUUGUGUUGUCUCUAGAUAUCAUUGAAUCUUCUGUACAAUUUCUGAGAUUGCCUUUGUUCAGCCUCAUUUUGUGUUGUCUCUAGAUAUCAUUGAAUCUUCGGAUGGGUUUGAGUCUCUCUCUAGAACUUUGAGAUGAUUUUGGUUUAUCUCUCGACAUUGUGGUUGGUGGUUUCAUAGAUUUAUCGCUAGAAGUUUAACAGGGUUUUUCUCUUAACGUCGGUUUUGUGUUAGAGAAUACCCAAAUCUAAUAUACGUUUUUCUGUUAAAGAGAUUUUAUGGAAUAUCAAUACCCAACUUUAACAGGGUCAUAUUGGUUUGUUCUACUCAUUUAACUGCAGAAUCAUUCACAGGUUUUUUGUUUAGUUUCUUAUUUUUUUCUUCAAAUUUUCUGCAUUUUUGGUCUUUUACCAUGAAUGGCAUGUUCGUAUUGGUUAUUUUCUUUUUUUUUUCUGCACUGUGUUGUGAGGUGCGAUGCUUUUUUGCCUCUUUUUGAGGUUCUGUUCAUUUGUCUCUUUUGAGGUGCUGUUCAUUUGCCUCUUUUGAGGUGCUGUUCAUUUGCCUCUUUUGUGGUGCUGUUCAUUUGCCUCUUUUGAGGUGCCAUUAUUUUUUUGAUGUUUUUUGCGUGGAAUUCAAAUAUGUUUGGGUGUGAUUUGAUUCUGAAUUUUCAUGAUCUGCUAAUAGUUGGCGACCUCGUUGAUCUGUUAUUCAUCUGUUUAUUGUUGUUUGCUUUGCUAUUGAUGUAAUUUUUCUCAUCUUAAGAUUCUUCCAUGAAUAUUUUAUUCAGUUUAUCCAUGAUUUAUUCAUCAUUAGUGCUUAUUUUUUCUUAUGCAUUUUUUUUGAAAUUUCUUCCUCGGAUAAGUUGAUCAGUAAAUUAUUUUGUUCCAUAUUUUUUUUUUGCAAAUUAUUGCUAUUGUCAUGUAGGAUUGUUAUGGGUGGACUCUGUGGUUCAAAUGAGUGGUUGGAUUGAAAUUUGUCCUCCUUUGGUUUGGUUUUCCAGGAUAAAUUAUUGUGUUACUUUCAUUCUUUGGAUUAGAGUCAGUGUUUUGCUUCAAAUCAAUGAAAUACAUAAUGAAUAGUUAGAACAAGUUGUUUCCUGCUUUCCUACUACCAAACAAGUGAAAAUAGCAGCUCCAUAGUUUAUCAAACAAGGUUCCCACCUUUCAGGCUACCAAUUUUCACUUUCUUCCUAGAUUUCGGGAAAGUCAGCAGCAGUGAGAAUCCUAGGGAAACUGAGAGAAAUUCACCAAACGCAUCCUUAUCGAAGCAAAUAAGAUCUGUGAAGUCCCCACAUUAUCCGUUGGAGCGCACAAAGUUUUAGGGUUUUGUAAAGCUCAAAAGUGAGGAAAAUUUUUCAGUUUUGUAGAGCCCAAGAUUUCUGGAUUAUGGGUUGGAAGGCUGCUCAAAAGCUCAUCCAGAACUGGAAAAUCAUAAGAGGUUAUGAUAAUCAGGGGCAAAGAUAGAGGUGAAACAGGCAUAAUCAAGCGAGUGAUUCGAUCACAAAAUCGUGUUAUUGUUGAGGGAAAGAAUCUGGUGAAGAAGCACAUCAAGCAGGGACAGGGUUAUGAAGGUGGGAUUUUCACUGUGGAAGCCCCUCUUCAUGUUUCCAAUGUCCAGGUGCUUGACCCAGUCACAGGUAAACCUUGUAAGACUGGAAUCAAGUACCUAGAAGAUGGCACAAAAGUACGAGUCUCUAGAGGAAUAGGAACAUCGGGAUCCAUCAUUCCUCGACCUGAAAUCUUAAAAAUAAGAACAACAUCAAGGUCCAAUAUAGUUGGCCCAAAAGAUACCCCUAUGGACCUGGUUUUAGAGAAGACAUACGAUGCUGAAACUGGAAGAGGGAUGCCCGAGCUUUGAGAAUGACAGGGAUUACACCCUCAAAUUAGCAAGAUCUAUGCCAUUAUUGCACUACACUGAGACCCAUUUCUUGAACAAAGAGCCUACCAGUUCCACACUUUCCUAUCACUUGGUUGCUAUUUUUAUUUUUAUUUUUGUUGGAGAAAAGGAAAGAGAGCGUGGACCGAUAAACAGGUGAAGAACAUGUUUGUCUGAAUGUACAUUGGACAUCAUGAUUAAUAUUGUUCACAGUAGUGUGACACUUUGUAUGAGCUAACUGUUUCAAAUUUUGUUCCUCAAAACAAAUCCCGAUACCGUUCUGAAGAUUAUUUUGCGAA